AUGAAGAAUGUAAAUCAUAAAUAUAUUGGGGAAGAAAAAUAUAGCAAUGAAAAUAAAAGUAAGACUAAUAUAAAAAGUAAAAAUAGUAAACACAAUGAGAAAGAGAAAGAUAGUAAAAAUUAUGAGCAUAUUGCUGAAGAUAAGAAUGUAAAUACAAUUAAUUGUAAACCCAACAAUCAUAGAGGGAUAAAUAAUAAAUAUAACUCCUUUAUAAAAUAUAGUCAUAAUAGUCAUAAAAGCAUAAAAGAAAAUAAUGAUUUAUUUUUUGAAAGUAAAACACACACAUAUUACACCCCAAAGGGAAAAACUACCAAACCAAACAUCGACCAAAAUGUUAAUACUUUCAAAUCGGGAGCUUUUGUAAAUAAUUAUAUUCUUAACAUGUGUAAUAAAAAAAAUGAACUCUUUGAAAAGAGAGAGACUUUUAGCAAAGCAGUUGAAAAGUCAAACAUUUAUAAGAAACCCUAUCACUAUAAAAUCGAUCACCAAUCAUGUAAUCAUCAUAAAGAUGGGAGACAAACUAAUCGGAAUAAUAAAGGUAGAGGAUACACCAAUUUACAAGGACAUAAAAAUGAACAGAUUAACAAUCACGAUGAAAUAAAUGAUAUUUAUUUUGAUAUUCAUUUAAAAAGGAAUAGUAAUUGUAAGGAAACAUUUUCUACAAAUUAUAAUUCAAAUAUUGUUGAAAAAGAAAAGAAUGAUGCUGUUAUAUCAAGAGAUAAAAAUAAUAUUUCUAGUGUAACAUUAGAUAUGUUUGAAAAUGAUGACGAUAAAAUUCUACUUUUAAAUCAUAUAAAAAGAUUAGAAUAUCAAAAUAGUGUAUUCCUUAAAAAUAUGUUAAAUAUGUAUUAUACUUGUAUAGAUUAUAUUAAAAUGCAAGAUGAAAAAAUAAAAAAAAAAGAUCAGAUCAUUCAUUUUAAAAAUCAAAUGAUAAUGAAAUUAAAAAAAAAUAAAAUAAACUAUGAUGACACUACAGAUAUUAGUAACAAUUUUAACGACAACCAAAACGGACUUAUCUAG